GGUUUUAGUUGACCGACUAGUUUUAGAGCCACAUGCGAGUUUGUAAACAUUAGGCUAUCUGGCUAUCUCAGCAGCAACUAUAACAUACAACAUUCAGAACACUUAUAGCACAAAUCACAUUUGUCUGGUUACCCGGUGAGUAAUUGCUACUGAUGUUCAAUGAAGACUCUGAAGCUGUUGUCAGUGGAUCCAUCUGACCGGGGCUCUCAGAGAUGCAGACUGGGUCCAGAGUUGAUGUCAGCGUUGGGUCUGAAGCUGGGCUCUCCCCUGCUGGUGUCUGUCCCCGGGGGAAGCUGCCUUUGCAUUGCAUGGUCUCGGUCUGAUAUGGCAGAGGGCUUCCUACAGAUGGACCUGAAAUGUUGCUCCCCCAGUCUGAUUCCUCACCCUCCCACACACCUGCAUAUGGACUGCGAUCGGCUCACACCUGUAUCCUGUCCCAAACUGAAAACUAUCAAAAUAACUGUGGUCGUCCAGAGUGCCAGUUUUAAAAAGCACACGUCUUCCAGCCUCGUUCAUGAGCUUGUGAAAGACAUGUUGAAAGGUGUCUACAUCCACGAGAAGCAUGUGAUAAACCUGGAGGACUUUGACACAGAGAUUAAAUAUGUGGUUAUUGAAGGCAUUCAUCCGGAUUCUGCCAGUUCUGGAUUAAUCACCGCAAAAACUGGUGUGGAGAUAACUCGGAUCCAGACAGUCAGACAUUACAUGAGUCAACUGCGGGAGGAACACACGGUGUCACUGGGGGGUCUGGACGAGGUGAGUGCUUCCCUAAGAGAGAUGCUCCAGCUGCCUCUGCUUUAUCCAGGCACAUUGAACUCUCUAGGUGUGUCAUGUCCCAGAGGAGUUCUCCUGGUGGGGCCUCCAGGUGUGGGCAAGACCCUGCUGGUCCGCAGAGUGGUGGGGGAUGUGGGAGCCAGCCUGAUGGUGGUCAGAGGACCAGAGGUGGUGGGAUCACGGCCGGGGGAGAGUGAGGAGCAGCUGCGUGCUGUGUUUGAGCGAGCUCGAUCCGCAGCUGAAGAGGGUCCGUGUGUGCUUUUCUUAGAUGAGCUGGAUUCUCUCUGUCCAAGGAGAACUGGCUCAUCGUCCCCAGAGAACCGUCUGGUUGCUCAGCUUCUCACACUGAUGGACGGGAUGGAUCGGUCUGAUCGCUUUCUCAUUAUUGGAGCCACCAACCGCCCGGACAGCUUAGACCCAGCACUACGCAGGCCGGGACGAUUCGACAGAGAGGUUGUCAUUGGAGCUCCCACCAUGCAGCAGAGACGAUCCAUCUUGUCUGUUCUGUGUGCGAAGAUGCCCGUGUGUCCCAGUGUGGACAUGAUGGAGCUUGCGCAGAGAACUUCAGGCUAUGUAGGAGCAGAUCUCAGUGCACUGUGCAGGGAAGCUGCAAUGAACGCUAUCAGGGAAAACUCCAAGGGUUCAGGGGCACAGACCCUGUGUAUGAAUCACUUCCAGGAUGCACUGAAGUUGGUUCGUCCCUCUUGUCUGCGCAGCAGCCUGGGCAGGACGGAGCUUUCUCCAGUGUCCUGGGAGCAGAUCGGAGGCCUGGAUGACGUCAAACUCAAACUGAGACAGAGUAUUGAGUGGCCCAUGAGAUUCCCUGAGGCGUUCGUACGCCUGGGUCUUAGUCGUCCCCGUGGUGUGCUGCUCUUUGGACCUCCAGGAUGUGCAAAGACAACUCUUGUCAGAGCUGCAGCGACCUCCUCCCACUCUUCCUUCCUGUCUGUCAGUGGUGCUGACCUCUACUCUCCGUAUGUGGGAGACUCGGAAAAGGCUUUAGCACAGCUGUUUCGGCAGGCCCGUGCCUGCGCUCCCUGUGUCCUGUUCCUCGACGAGAUCGACUCUCUGAUCGGCUCGCGAUCGACCGGUCAGACGUCCAGCGGUGUACACACACGCCUCCUGUCUGUUCUCCUGAACGAGAUGGACGGCGUGGGCCUGAAGACGGUGGAGAGGAGAGGAACAGAGAGGAUCCUCCAGGCAGAGGGAGUGGGAGAGUGUCACACACAGGAACAGAUGGACUGCCAGGAAGUGUGCAACAAAGAUGUAAUGGUUGUUGCCGCCACAAACAGACCUGACUGCUUAGACAGCGCCCUCCUCAGACCUGGCAGACUCGACCACAUCAUCUAUGUGCCACCUCCCGACCAGCAGGCUCGACUCGCCAUCCUGAAGGUUUGCACUCGGUCCAUGCCGGUCGAUGCUGAUGUGUGUCUGGAGGAUCUCGUGACAAACACUGAGCUUUACUCUGGAGCUGACCUGGAAAAUCUGUGUAAAGAGGCUGCUCUCUUGGCGCUGCAGACAGAGAACAUGGAGGCUCGUGUCAUCAAAUACACUUACUUCCUGCAGUCCCUCAGAAAAAUGAGGCCGUCACUCACAGCCCAGCAGAUCCACACUUAUCAAACACCUCUCACAUCAUGAUCAUGUAAAUUGUAUUAUGACAGACGGAUAUUUUAAAAUAAAAAUGACUACAACAUGA